AUGACAUCCACAACACCCACGGCUGAACCCCCCUCCUACCACCGGCGCACACGCUCCAAAUCCCCGCGCUCCCGACCUACCACUCCUCUCCGCCCCUCCUCGCGCAGCUCGCUCCGCGACAGCGCGCAACGCGGUCGCGGUCCUUACGCCCACUCGACCAACCCACUCGAAGACCUGCAAGAUGGAUUCGGAGAACUUAGCGACGCAAUGGCAGAUCUGGAGCAGAACUUCAUGCAGCUGCAGCUGAUGCACGAGAGCUUGGCGCGGUUUUCAGAGAGCUUUGCGAGUUUUCUGUAUGGGCUGAACAUGAAUGCUUUCUGUGUGGACUUCCCCGAGGCACCGGUUUCAGAGUCCUUCAAGCGACCACAGAAUAAUCCGGAGUAUGCCAACCUAAACCGCUCUCAAGGCCCUGAGCCGGAUAUCGAAGCUACUUUCCUCACCACUGACACAUCAUUCGUCGAGAACCCGCCUAGCAGCAAAGCAACUUCGAAGUUCCAGACACCGGUAACGCCAGCGCCAGCAUCAAAGACGUCUGGGGCAGCGAGGGGUCGAGGUGGUAUAUCGCGAGUAGGAAGGGGAGGAGGGAUCCCGACGCGUGGUGGCGCAACUAGAGGUACGAGAGGGGGAAGUGGGAUUGCGAGAGGUGCAGGAAGAGGUAGAGGAGCCCGGUAA